AUGGCCACAACAUCCCCUAGUGGUUGCCCCUCAAGCCUGGACGCCAGGUACCACAGACUUUGUGAUACCACUGCAAUUUGGGGCAUUGUCUUAGAAGCAGUGGCCGCAGUUGGAGCUGUGACCUCAGUGGCCUUCAUGUUCGCUCUCCUGAUUCUCAUCUGCAAGGUGCAAGACUCCAACAGGCGAAAAGUGCUCCCGACCCAGUUUCUUUUCCUCCUGGGCGUUCUCGGGAUCUUCGGCCUCACCUUUGCCUUCAUCAUCCAACUUGAUGGCAGCACAGGACCAACUCGCUUCUUCCUCUUCGGAGUCCUCUUCUCCCUCUGCUUCUCCUGCCUCCUGGUUCAUGCUUUCAACCUGACGAAGCUGGUGCAUGGGAGGAGGCCCCUGUCCCUGCUGGUGAUGCUGAGCCUGGCCGUGGGCCUCAGCCUGGUGCAGGACAUCGUGGCUGCUGAGUACCUCAUCCUCACCAUGAACAGGACCAAUGUCGUCAUCUUCUCUGAGCUUUCUGCCUCUCGGCGCAACGAAGACUUUGUCAUGUUGCUUAUCUAUGUCCUUUUCUUGAUGGCGCUGACCUGCCUCGUGUCCUGCUUCAUCUUCUGUGGAUCCUUCAGCGGCUGGAAGAGACACGGGGUCCACAUCUUCCUCACCAUGCUUCUCUCCAUCGCCAUCUGGGUGGCCUGGAUCACCCUGCUCCUGAUUUCUACCUUUGGCCUCGCGUGGGAUGAUACCAUCCUCAGCUCAGCCUUGGUGGCCAAUGGCUGGGUUUUCCUGUUGGCUUAUGUUGUACCUGAGUUUCGGCUCCUCACAAAGCAGCGGAACCCCAUGGAUUACCCCGUUGAGGAUACAUUUUGUAAGCCUCAACUCAUGAAGCAGAGCUAUGGUAUGGAGAACAGAGCCUACUCUCAAGAGGAAAUCACCCAAGGUCUUGAAGAGCUAGGUGAUACGCUCUAUGCUCCUUAUUCCACCCAUUUUCAGCUGCAGAAUCGACCCUCCCAAAAGGAUUUCUCCAUUCCACGGGCCCAGACGCGGACUAGCCCUUACAAUGACUACGAAGGAAGGAAAGACGGCAGUUAGCCGUUCAGAAGAUUGGGACAAACACAGCAAGUCAGCCAAUCAGUGGGGAGUCCCGAGGGAUAUGGGCUAAAUCCUGAGGCACCUGAGGAAACUGUACAAAACCUUUUGGGAAGAACUUGCCUUCCCUUCUGGAGUUUCUGGGGGGGCUAACAAGACUCCAGGGCCUAGCACUCGUGUUUUCCCUUUGUCCCAGGCUUAGGAUACUUCUUUUAAGUGGGAGGGAGUCUCCGGCAGCUCAGGGUGUGCCCAUUACUGUGCCCAGUCAUUUCACAAGUGACUAAAGCUCUGGUCAUCUGACCACUUCCUGGCUCAGUGAGCUUCAGGAGCCAGCUCUUCUCCCUCCAGGCCGGUUUUGUGAGGAUCGCUUGGCCCAGAGCAGAACUGCAAAUCUGAGCAAAAACAGCCAAGGCCUGUCCCUGCCGAAAUCUACACUGGAAGCCAACUGACUGGCACCCUCCCAUCUUGCCUGGGUAGGACAGGCUGAAGGUCACCCCCAAUAUACUCAUCUCUGUGGCGCUACCACGGGACCCCUGCGGGUCCCCAGCACCAAUUCACUGGUCACCAUUCCCAAACGUGCUGUCCGUCCCCGGACAUAAGCUCCCCUGCAUGCUUUCCCAGAACUUCCUCUUGUGUAGCCCACUUGCCAGGAGAAUUCGUGCACUGUCCUUGCGCUAAAUUCCUUGCACUGAUGCCUCUGUCACCCCCUUGCUCGUCAGCUUCUGUAAACAGCUUCAUGCUGCGUU